CACAUAACCAACAGUUUGACGUCAGUCCAACCGCGCUGGACCCUAUACGCCCACACACACGUUGCCAUGCUAUAAGGCAACAUGGAGUUUGCCCGUCCUUAUUGGAUGGAAAUUGUGGCAUCCAAAGAUAGGUUGGUAAGUAAGACAUAAAAGCUUGUGCACAGAGACCAUCGUGCCGCAGAGCAACCUGCACUGACAUGUUGUCUCGUUGCACCAAGACUCACAUUGCUGUAAGCAGCUAGAACAGCAUGUAAGGGUUGAUCAGCAGUAUCAGGUAUCAGAAAAGCCACUCUUUGUUUACAUGUAUGUAAUUUAACCUUUUAUUAAAUGCAUUUUAAAUGUUUGCCUCACUUUUAAUGUAACCUGAAUUCAGUUUUAGGUCUUCAUGGAAAACAGGACAGGUGUUGUGACUGUCUUACAGCAUCCAUGCUAUGAGAUAAAUCAGUUUAGCUACAAACUAACCGCGACUCCUUCUGUUGUAUGUAUAAUGGUGUAUGCGUUUCUGACACUUCUGUCUCUUGUGACUGUAUGUGGAAACCUUCUUGUAGUAACAUCAAUAAUUUACUUCAAGCAGCUUCACACACCCACCAACACUCUCAUUCUGUCUCUGGCUGUGGCCGACCUGCUGGUUGGGAUUUUAGUAUUUCCUCUCAGCAUGGCCUUCUCUCUCAGUUCAUGUACCUAUAAUGAGAGUUUAUUUUGUAAGGUCCGUGACAGCUUUGAUAUAUUGUUUAGUACAUGCUCUAUUAUGCACCUGUGUUGUAUUUCAGUUGACAGGUACUAUGCUGUGUGUCAGCCUCUCACAUAUAGAUCUAAAAUCAGCCGUCAUGUUGUUGCCAUCAUGAUCACAGUGAGCUGGGGUGUUUCUGCUCUCGUUAGCAUCGGAGUGAUAAUUCCCAGACUGUCUCCUUACGCAUGUGUUGACAUGUGUUUUCUGGAUGUAAUGACGGCAAACAUUAUUGGACCUAUAUUAUCAUUUUACUUUCCAGUGGUCAUAAUGCUUUGCAUCUACCUGAAGAUUUUCCUUGUUGCACAGAGACAGGCACGAAGAAUCCAAAGCAUAAAGUUCGGAGCAACAGCCAGUAAGAUGGAGAGAAAAGCCACCAAAACUCUGGCGAUUGUUCUGGGAGUUUUUCUAUUUUGUUGGUCUCCUUUCUUCCUUUGCAUUUUCUUUUCUAUCCCGGUUUCUGUGAUUGAAACUUUUAACUGGUUUGCUCUGUCAAACUCUACAUUGAACCCGUUUAUCUACGCUUUCUUUUAUACCUGGUUCAGGUCAGCUUUUAAAAUGGUUAUUACUGGCAAAAUAUUUUUUGGUGACUAUUGUAGCUUCAAAUUACACUGAGCUGUUUUGUUGAGGUAUAUAAUGAUAAAAGG